UUCCAUGAGAAUCAUCCACAGUAUGAGACCCAUCAUGUGAAGCUGCUGGAUGAGUCUGAGGCAUAUGUUCCCAACUUCAUUGGUGGUUCACUCCCCAGAAGAGAUGCAGGCAACUGUGAACAAUAUUGCAUGACCAUGCUCACACUCUUCAAGCCUUGGCGCACUGGGCAGGAUCUGAGACCAAGCCAGGAUGUGCUCUGGGAUGAUGUGUUCAAUGGCCAUUCAUUCACAGAGCGGCAGCUGGAGGUCAUGAAAUUCUUCCAUAUCAAAUAUGAGUGCAAUGAUGCCAGGGACGACUUUUCUGCAGCUCGCAAAAAGGGAGGAAAGACUGGU